AUGAGAAUCGUCUUCCCAUAUGGACUUUUUGUACUCCCAUAUACUCCUUUGGGGGUAGUAAUUGUGAUUUUGCGUCUGGUAAUAUUUAUGCACGCCUUCCUAGCCUCAUGGGUGCUAUCUCAGUUCGAAUACCUUCGAAGAUUUGUGUUGCGCUCUAUGUGCACUGUCCUGGGUUUCGUCGUAUAUAUCGACUCAGAUCUUCGUACCGAUCGAAACACAUGUAUGCCUUUCGUAUCCAAUUACGUUACUCUGUUUGACCAUUUGGUGCUGUGUCUAUCCGAGGAUUGUAUUACACCGAACACACAUGUCUUCCAUUGGAAGUCAAUUCCACAUAGCAAAGAAAAGACUCGUUCUGUCCCUGAAUUCGUUCUUCGGUGUGCACGAGACAAUCACCAACCUGUCCACCUACUUCCCGAAAAAGCACCGUCUGGUUUAUCCGAUUGCCUUUUCAAGUUUGAUCACAAGAUGUUUGGUUCGGUGGAUAAAGUGCAACCUGUGGCACUUAAGGUUCAUCGGAUCUUUCCUAUCAAAUUAGUGGUUCAUCCUGUUUUUUGGUUUAUAGAGCUUUUGUGGCAGUUCUUCACUCCUUUUACAUAUUAUCAUGUCAAAUAUUUAACUCCGAUUAGUCGGAUGUCUAAUGAAACAGAUGAGGAUUUCUGUGAAAGGGUUCGUUCCGCUAUUGCUUCCUCCCUCGGAGCUACACUCAGCCCAAUAAAUGCUGAACAUCUGGCAGAUUACACUGGAACGGAAUCACCGAUUGCUUCGCUUUCUCUCCCUAAUGCACGAUCUUGUACUAUGUCUAGUUUAUCUGCAACGCCACCCAGUUCCCCUUUGUCUAGAAAGCAUUCUACAAGUUCGUCAAGCGAUUCUUUAAUUUCGAACAUACUCGAGUCCGAUGGAAUUCGUCUUCGCCACUGUACUCAGCCUAAUCACGAAGCCUCCGAAACCUACUCGUGUUUCUCUUUCGAACAUCUAGUACCUCGAGUCAGUGAAAUACUUCGUGACAUACCAGCGUCUCGGAUCCGUGAAGCUCUUGUGAAUACUCAAGGUGACGUUGAAUCAGCUAUUGACUACCUUUUGGAGAAUUCAAAUGAUUCGGAUACUCAACGAGGCAAUAAUCAGGUCGAUCACGCCAUGUCUGUUAUGUCUCCCAGCAGGUUCGCAGUUGCUGCCCCACAGUUCCUACCAAACUCUAGUUUACGUCAAUUAAGCCUUACUGAACGUCGUGAGGCUCUUUUAAACCAUGCGCGUCAGCUCUAUCGUUCUCGUCAACAAAAAUCCGCUUAA